CUGCCAAAAGCCAUGCCGAAUUAGCGCAUUGCUUUAGGCGCUCCAACAAACUUCUUAUAUUCCUUCAUUGCUAAAGCAGGUUCGAAAUCACCAAAUUUUCGGCGGGUUUUGCCUAAUCACAAAAUGCUUUAUUCUUGGAUUCGUAGGCGUAGAAAGGGCAUGAAAACGAAGAGUAACAGAUCGAUACGGUAGCUGUCACUAAAUACACCCCCCACAUUCGUUAUUGCUUCCUCCAUCCACAUGUGUUACAUGCCAGACCCCGUGAUGGUCCUCUGUUUGUACAAGUCCUGUUGAACGACUCGUUUUGGGUGUAAGCUCGCGAAAGGGAGGACAAACAUUUAUUCUGAUGAGGCCCCGCAGAAAAACGUAGCGAAAAUUUCGGCAGUGGCCAGUUUGCUUGUUUUGUCAGUGGUAUACGAAAGGAUGGGGAACUGCACUCUAAAUGUUUCUAUUUCGAAUCCAACUGGAGUUACCAGUGAGGUAUCGAACAUUGUGAUUACGUUUUUCAUAGCAUUGUUUAUGCUGGUCGGUGUGACUGGCAACAUUCUUACUAUGGUGACUAUUGGAACAAGCAAAUCUCUUCAUUCUGUAUCUAACUUGGUCAUAUUCAGCCUAUGUGUGUCAGAUCUUACCUCAGCUGUCAUUUGCUCGCCCUUGUGGCUCUACAGACGAACAUGGGGAUUCGAAACUUGGAAGAUGGGAUCGUUUAUGUGUAAAUUCUACUGGAUUAGUGACUUUGCGACCAGCUAUGUUACGUCAUUACACAUCGUUUCGUUCGCCGCUCUUCGAUACAUUGCUGUAAAGCGACCGUUUUGUGUAACGUCAAUAUCCAAACGACGAGUUUUGGCAGCCAUCGUCGUAUUUUGGGUGAUUUCUAUUGCAGUGGCAUUACCAUUAGCAGUGUACAUGGAUGUGCGAGUUCGCAGAGAGCAAGAAGACAUCGGCAUGAGUUGGCCUUCGUGUUCUAUUAUAGACGACGGGGACUGUUGUGUGGCAAUGUAUAAUCUGUAUAUGAGUAUAGUCAAUCCGAUUUUCUUCUAUUUGCCGAUGGGAAUUUUGUUCACGCUGUCUCUACUUAUUAUUACCGUUCUAAGCGAACGGAAUAGGUGGCGACGAGCAGCUUCUAACUUCUUGGACUGCGAGCACUACUCUCGCCACCUCGAUACAAUAAACCAGAGGCAACCGCCGUUGCCUGACGUGAUUGCCCAAACCACCGACCCUGAUAACGUGUUAGACGAUGAAAACCGGAAUGCAAGCAAUGUACAUACAACUCGGGCUCCCCAAAUACGCACAGUGGCUUGCCCGAAUCAUACAGUUGCAAGACAAAACGUGAGCGAUGCUCGGUACUACAGAGAAAGAAAAAUAUUCCUACAGUUGAUUUUAAUCGUGAUAAACUUCGUGAUUGGCUAUAUACCGCUCACUGCAUAUCUUAUGUGGACCACAGUUACACCGAAGUGCUCUAAGUCUGUACCUUAUGCAACGGACUACUGGUUCGGUGUAGCCUCGUACCUCUGCUUACGUAUAAGUGAAUGUAUGAAUCCUGUUAUGUAUAACCUGGGUUCAACGAAUAUGCGCAAAGAGAGCCUCAGAGUUUUAAAAAGGGUAUUUUGUUGUAAAUCGUAAUGUACUCAGUUAUUUUUGUUUCUCUUCGUUUAGAAACGCGAAAAACAAAACGUCGUGUUACUUUUACACCUGAACAUACAUAUUUCUUUGCUUUGUCUUAUUAUUAAUAAGAAUGAUCGUGUUUAUUGAGCAGAGUGUUGUUUUAACGAACAUUAUACACUAGUCACUACUCCUAUCAAAUGGAUUCAUAAAUGUAAACGUGACUGCU